UUCAGGUAUAUUGGGUUCAUAUAUUGGGUUCUAUUGGCUGCUACUACUAUACAAAACACCACUCGCAAAUCCUUGUAUGCCGUAUGCAUGUGCGAGCUACUGCCCAGUGAGCCCGCACCUAUGUCGGGCUUGCACGUGGCGGGUUCGCUCCCGCUCGUUGUGUUCGUACUCAGGGGCCUGGCUCCUUCUCGGGCUGACCGCUGGCUCGCGUCCUCGCCCGAUCCCCCACUCUCGAGCACCUCAGCCUCCACUAUUCCGGCCCCCGCCGCCCCUAGCACCUCCCCGACGGCCCCGUCCACCUCCCCAGGCUCCACGACCUCAAGCUCGCCGACCACAACGUCAGCUACACAUGCACCCUCCUCCACACCCUCGUCGCCCCCGCCGUCCGCAAGUUCCACCUCGAGCCCGGCUUCAUGGACAGCCCGUAGGACUACACGCCCUGCAUCGACAUGCUCGUCGCCACGCCCGACCCCACCGCGUGCCCCGCCGUACUCGACCCCGCCACGCUCUACGAGCCGCCCGCCGCGGGCCCAGGCGGCGCAGGCCCAGGGAAAGCGAGGGAGCGCCCGGUGUUCCCGCAGCUCGAGGACUUCACUGUCGCGUCGCUUGCGAGCUGGCACACGCUCCUGCGCACCGCGCCGCGUGUGCGCGCGCUCGCGCUCCACUGUGGCAUGGGCGAUGACAUCUUCGGGAGCGCGGCCCCGCCUUUCCCGCUGUCACCGUCUACAAUGCCGGGCGCGUGUACAUGUACACGCUGCCGUAUGACGGGCCGCGCGUCGCAGCGGUGCACAGCGGGCGUCCCGGGAAUCCGAGAAGCGUGAACGGGGUAGUGGGGACGCUGGACCCAGAGCCCUUGCCGCAGAUGAGGACGCUGAGGGUGGCGAGCGUGUCGGGGGCGGCGCUGCAUGCGUGUUACCUCGCGCGGCGGUGGACGGGGCGGCCGCUCCGGCGGAUGUAUGUGCGGGACCGCGACCGCGACCG